CGACCGGGCGAAAUGCGAUGCGAUAUUCAUUCGAGACGAAAGUCGAAACACAUUUUAUCGUCUGCUACGCUGUAGCUGUAGUGCUGUGAUGUUGUUGUUGUGUUCUGUUCUGCUGUCUGCUCCUGCUGUCUUCUGUCUGUGACUGUGUUGUGUGUGUUCAGCUUCAGCAAUCUCUUCUUCAUUGUCACAUAGAAGAUUCGUAGUUAUGGAAUCUGUCUGGAAACUUUUACCCUAGGCCUAAGAUGACCUGAACACCAUUUAAGUCUACUAAGUGAAAUCGACUUCUUAUCUUUUGAUAUGGGGCAAGCAAUAACUAAACUGACUUCACUCACACUACGAGAACUGAGGAGCUUCAAUGUGGAGAAAAGGGCUGAAAAAGUGAUUUCUAGGGAAAAACCAACUCCAGCACCCAUGUACCCGUCCACUAUCAAAGAACUAGAACAGUUAAAAGAAGACAAUGUAUCAACCGAAUACUUGCAUAAAAAAGAUGAAAGACUUGAUGGAUAUUUGAAGAAAGUGUAUGUUUCUUCCCCAGAUCCAGCCCCUCCAUUGGAGAGAAAAAUAGACCCAAAACGACCAUUACCAAUUAUUAGAACAACGGACAAUGAAAUAACCUAUGGCUACAGUGCAAGUGAAGAAGCCCUUGUACCUGAGGGUAAAGUGACUCUGAAGCAAGCUCUUGCCUUCAUCAGCAGUCAUCAGGACGACCCAAAGAAGUACAGCCAAGCGGCCAUUGCCUCUCAGUACAAGAUAGCACUUGCAGACUCAAAUGAUAUUCUAGAGCACUUCAAAAUGUUUACAGUAAGAGUGCAGAAGAAAGAGGUUGACCCUGAAUCGUUAUCAGCUUACGAACGUCUUCAACUUAAAGUAAAAAAUAUGACUCCUUUAAGCUCCGCCUCUCUAUUGAAAGAAAUGAAAGCGGUUUAUGGUAAUCUCAAUGAAAAGUCCCCCGUGAUGAGUAAGGACGAAAAAGACAUCCAGUCCAAAAAUAUUGUCGAGAUUGAGAUGAAAACACCGAAAACAAUUGAAGAUUUUAAAAUAGAAGGUAACACGAAGGCGGAAGAAAAAGAAAAUAAGAACGAAGUAGGUAAAAAAAGGUCUUCAAAAAAACAGAGUCAAGAAAAUGGAUGAAUUUAUUAAUGCUUAUAGGUUUAGUUAUUUAAUGUUGUAUAGAAAGCUAAAAGUUGAUAACUUAUUGUAAAUAAUAUCGUUAAUGAAUAAAUAAUGUUAUCUGAUUAAAA